AAUUACUCCUAGUGAAGUAUCCCUAAUUAACCAUGAGGGAGAACCUGUGAACUUAUUAUUCGCAGAAAAAAUCACGGUUAAUCCCUUAGAAGAGGCUCGGUUGUCCUUAUAUAAGGAAAAUCUAAAGAGAACUGAUGUCCCCAUCCGACCCUUUGAAGAGCUCCAAGGCGAGACUUGGGAAGAGCAAGUCCUCUCUAUUAAGGAUAAGAUGUGUAAGAACCGGUUAGAUCAGAUCUCCCUCCUUCAGUCUUAUUAUAUCUUGGAAGAACGUCUAAAUGAAAGGCUCUGA